AUGCAGAACUUUGACGUAGAAACACUCGUAUUUGUCUGUUAUAAUUUGCGGCCAUCAGAUCUUCUUUCGAUGGCAUGCGUGUGCAAAUAUUUCAACCGUGUUUUAAAUGAACAUAUCAGUCCAGUAGCAGAAUUAAUAUGGGAAAAUUCUAGAGACAAGUUUACAAUUUUUAAAGACCAAGACCCACCGGAAGCAAUGACCCAAAAAACCUUUGCAAAGUUAUUAACAUUUGAAAAAGGUUGCCAGUUUUGUAAAACUAAAGAGGAAACGUUGACAGUCUACUGGAUCCCAGGUGUUCGCUCCUGUUUUGAAUGUAUGGUCCCAGGAGUUAUUUGUCUUGAUAUACUCCAAUCAACUUUUAAACUCAAUGAUGAAGUUCUUGGACUUGUAUUACCAGUAACACCAAGUUUAUCAGAAUCUCCACAUUAUUGGAUCGACCAGGUUAAUAAUACUAUCGCGCAUCUUAUGGAUGCUGAUGAUAAUAAGCUAUGCGAGAUAAAUAACUUAAGAAUUGGUAUGGGAGAUAAAUGUAGAGAAGUCCAAUACUAUGAAAGAUGGAUGUCCAAAUUACGUAAAACCCACCUUAGAAAACUUCUUUCAAGAUUCCACGCCGAAAUUAAGGAAGAAACUUUAUUCGAAGUGCAGGAAGAUUAUGAAUACAAAACAUUGAAGAACGAAAUAGAAACUAAUCCUUUUUUGGUACAGGAUUAUGGUCCACAAUUCGAACAAUAUAAAUCAAGGAUUUUACAAAUUGCACGAAGAAUUACAGAGAACAAGAUAAUUCAAACCCAAAAAUUAGUCAUAAAAUAUCUAAAAAGAUUAACAUAUGGUUCUAAGAGAAAUUCACCAAAACAAACUUUAAGUAUUCGGGACAGAAGAUAUCGAUAUUUUUCUUUAUGUAAUAGCUUUCGCAAUCCACCGGAUAUAAUAAACGAUGAUCAAUUUUUAACAAAUCUUUUGAGAGAAGCAGAACAAUUGGACGCGUCAGGAACUGUAGUUCCAAAUUUUCUCGAAGUUGAUGGUGCGCUAAAAGUUGGAACUUUAG